ACAACAUGAGGUGUCUUGCUGCCAUCCACAACACAACCAACUGAAGAGCUGUGACAAGGGCUGAGCUAGAUCCCUAAGGAACCCUGUGUAUCAUAGGUUCAGUUUCAGCGUCCAAAUCGGACAGACCCAAGGUAACCGUAGUUAUAUAGCACAUCCGGACGCCUAGGUGGGAUUCAUUGGAAAUUCCAAAUUCAAAAGGUGUUAGAAAGUCGACGUAGCAAUGAAGAGAAAAUGAUUGCGAGCGUUUGAAACCAAAUGCAUUUAAGAUGCAAUGCAGAGGAUUAAACUAAAGCUAUAAAAGAAGGAAUGCACAAGAAAGAGUAUAACUUUCUUUAAACAAAAUGUUGAGCAAGCUUCAAAGAUUUGGUAGAAGACAACUUCACACAAUUGUCUCUAGAGAGAUCAUCAAACCCUCUUCUCCAACCCCUUCACACUCCAAAACAUAUAACCUCUCAUUGUUCGAUCAAAUCUCAUUAAAUUCACACACACCGAUUGUUGCAUUCUACCAAAAUAUUGAACAAAGCUCUCAUCAUAUAACACUCAAGUUGAAAAACUCCUUAUCGAAGACCCUAGUUCAGUAUUAUCCGUUUGCUGGUCGGGUGAAGAAAUCUAGCCCGAGUUUUGUGGAUUGCAAUGAUGAGGGGGUUGAGUAUACAGAAGCAAGCAAUGACAGCUCAUUAUCGGAUUUCCUACAACAAUUAAAACACGAAGAUCUUGAUCCACUCUUUCCAAAUGAUCUGAUCUGGUUCCACCCGCGAAUUAGAGGUGAUACCGAAGGUGUUACUUGCCCGUUAGCUGUUCAAGUCACCCGGUUUACAUGCGGAGGGAUAGCAGUGGCAUCAACUUUGUUUCACAAAGUUGGUGACGCACGAACUAUGCUAAACUUCAUCAAUCAUUGGGCCACAGUGACUGCCAAAAAAGAUGUAUCACUUAUAAAUCCAGAAAUCAUUCAUUACCAAAAAAAAAACAUUACAUUGCCAGACCUCUUAAGUGACAGGUCACGUGUUGGUUGUGUUACAAGGAGUUUUUUGUUCCCUAAUAAAAUGUUAAACAAUCUCAAAGCCAAAGUGACAGCAAUGGCUAGUGAAUCCGGACAACCUAUCGCAAACCCUACUCGGGUUGAAGUUGUGUCAUGGCUGCUCCACACGCGCGCAAUGGCUGCGCGCACCAAGAAUAACUCAGGAACUUUCACGCCAAGUGGCAUGGCCUUUCCGACUGACAUGAGAGGCGUUUUGGUAGAGAAAGUGGCAGGAACAAGGGUAGGAAAUCUUGUGUUCUCAAUAGAUGUUCCCACACGGAAUCAAAGCGAACUCGCGCCACAUGUAUCGAUUAGUGAGAUGAGGAAAGGGAAGACGGCUUUUCGAAGUAUUCGAAAUUUGGAAACUGCAAUGGAAAUGGUUGCUAAGAUGUCACCAGAAGUUGCCUUGGAGAGGUUAAAAAUAGUUGAUGAGUACUACAUAUAUUCAAGCUUGUGUAGGUUUCCAAUGUACGAUAUUGAUUUUGGGUGGGGGAAGCCCGUGAAAGUAAGUAUUGGUGGAACGAUAAAGAACACAACAAUUUUGAUGGCGACUCCGGAUGGCUAUGGGAUCGAAGCAUCCGUGUGUUUGGAAAAAGAAGACAUGAAGAUAUUGCAAAAUGACCCUGAGUUACAAGCCUUUUGCUAGUUUCUUAUGUUAUACUGUUUUAGUUUUGUUAUGUUUGCCGAGUUUAUUAUGCAUUUGAUAUAUGUCUUUGUUUUUUUAGAUAUUAAUGCAUUUAUAAUU